AUGUCUUCAGACGGCCCCCAUCUCAACGGAUACAUUGAGGUCAACAAGGAGGAGCGCCCAUGUCCCGGACACAUCCUGGUCACUGGGGGUGCUGGCUACAUCGGGUCCACGCUGGUGCCCAUGCUGCUCGCAAAAGGAUACGAGGUAACAGUGUACGAUAUCUUCCUUUGGGGCAUCAGUCCCCUACUGCCCGUAGCAGAACACCCCCGUCUUCACAUCAUUAACGGGGACAUCCUGGACAAAAACAAACUGGCACAGGCAGUCGAGGGCAAGACAGGGAUCAUUCACCUCGCAGCUAUCGUGGGAUACCCAGCCUGUGACAAGGAUGAGAACCACGCCCAACAGGUGAACGUUGAAGGCACCAGAAAUGUCACACAGCUGAAGAAACCCGACCAGGCAUUAGUCUACGCCAGCACAGGCUCCUGCUAUGGUGCUGUAGAAGGCAUCUGCACAGAGGAGACUCCGAUUAGUCCGCUGUCACUCUAUGGAUCCAGCAAAGCUGGCGGGGAAAGUCUAGUCCUGGAUGUCAGCGGCACCGCUCUGAGACUGGCCACGGUCUUUGGCAUUUCUCCCCGGAUGAGAUUAGAUCUGCUAGUUAAUGACCUUGCCUACAAAGCUCUGACCAUCAGACAUUUCGACCUUUAUGAAGGUCACUUCCGCAGGACAUUCCUCCAUGUCCGUGAUGCAGCUCGCGCCUUUAUAUUCGCCAUCGAGAACACGAAAGUGAUGUCUGGCCACGCCUACAAUGUCGGGGACGAGCGUAUGAAUCUGACCAAGAACGAGGUUGCUCACGUGAUUCAGAAUUUAGUCCCAUCCUGCAAAAUCGUUCCAUCGACAGAAGGCACGGAUAAAGAUAAGCGAGAUUAUGAAGUCAGCUAUGACAAGAUCCGCAAGCUGGGUUUUCGAUCAACCGUAUCAGUUGAUGAUGGGGUUGUCCAUCUGCUGAAGGUUCUGCCAAACAUGCUGCAGUCGGAAGUAGAAAAAAGCAAGAAUGUUUGA